CUUCCCCAAUGCAACUUUUCUGUUAUUUAAUUUCCCCUCUCUGCUCUUUAUUUAGGUUCUCAAUUUCCCAUUAAGUUGUCCUCCCUCCUCUGUCCGUGUCACCUCUCCUAUUUUCUUUUCCUUUUUUUGGCGUCUGAUCCAUGAAUCCUUCCUCUUGACUUCUUUGCCUUCAUCCUGGCUGUGCCAUCCUCUGCACUCAGAUUCCUUUCAUUUGUCAUUCCGCCCUCCUCUCUUACCCACUCAUUCUUUGCUCAUUUCCUGGGUGUUUGAAUACUCUCCUCAAACAUCUCUCACUCUCCUCACCGCACGCCUCUUUUUCCUUCUUUCAUUGCAGCCUCUCCUCCUCCUGCUUUAUUCCAGCAGAGGAGCAUCAGAGAGCGGCAGCACGUCAACCAUUCGCUUGAUUUAUUUACGCGUUACUAGUUCUUCUUGCUCCAUUUUUUUCCCUACUUAUUUGCAUUUUAUCUCGAACUCCUUUCCAAUGAUUUUUUUGGGGGAUGCUUUUUUCACUCCAUAUGUUUGGACCGCAGCUGUACUCCAACUUGAAAAAAUGCCGUUGUUUGUGUGUGCGUGUGUGUAUGUUAUAUUGGUAACAAGUACAAGCUUCGUAAGUCAGCACCUGGAUUUUGUAAUGUAUUUCGAAUCUUAAUGCAAAUCCUUCAAUACCGACAAAACGGAUGAGAAUUUAAAACAUGUAAUUCUGUAUCACUGAGAUGUAAUUAGAAUGUAAUUAGAGCAUGUAAUUAGAAUCGAUAAUACUGAGACAUACUACCAUGAUGGACCUCUUUUGUAUUCUAUUUGGGAAGAUGAUUUUGCUUUGUUCUCUUACAUUUCUCAAACCAGCGUAAGAUUCAUUUCAAGGCAGUCGGGUAAAAAAAAAAAAAAUAGAGACUCUGAUUCAAGAAGAAUGGACUCAGAUGUGCUCUCACCUGUAAUGGCCACGCUCCCCGCCACUUCUACUUUGGAGAAUAUUAGUCAGGUGUCCUCUUCCUCAUCAAGGUCUGCUCCUCUGCCUCCGCACUCCCAGGCAGCGUCAGUGCUCAUCAUGCUCGUCGUCACAGUCAUCAUCCUCGUGACGGUUGUGGGAAAUGUGCUGGUUGUGGUGGCCGUUUUUACCAGCCGUGCCUUGCGGGCUCCUCAAAAUCUUUUCCUUGUGUCUCUGGCUUCAGCGGACAUACUGGUGGCGACGUUGGUCAUUCCCUUCUCCUUAGCCAAUGAGGUGAUGGGCUACUGGUAUUUUGGUUCCACCUGGUGCUCCUUUUACCUGGCUCUGGAUGUUUUGUUUUGCACUUCAUCCAUCGUCCAUCUUUGUGCCAUCAGCCUCGACCGCUACUGGUCGGUCACGAAAGCCGUCAGCUACAACCGCAAACGGACGCCCAAACGGAUUAAAAUGAUGAUCAGUGUCGUGUGGCUGAUAUCGAUCGUCAUCUCUUCACCACCUCUUCUCAUGGCACACACAGAGGUGGGUUGGGACUUCACGGAUGACAACAACGACCCCCAGAAGCAGGAGUGUCUACUCAACAACCAGACUUGGUACAUCCUCUCCUCCUGCCUUGUGUCCUUCUUUGCCCCAGGAGUUAUCAUGAUACUGGUCUACUGUAAGAUAUACCGAGUUGCCAAACAGCGAGCCUCCACCGUAUUCGUGGCGAAGAAUGUGAUCGAGCGACAACCGUCCCAAUCUGAGACCUGCUUUCGGGGUGCCCAUAGGAGUAUCCAAGAAGUUGGAGCCAAGCGCAGAAAAUCCCAGUCCAUGGGGGACAACCAACUGCCGGGGAACACACACAGCUCUUCUAACGUCGAGAGCAACAGCAGCAGUCACAAGAGAGAAGAGUUGGACAAUAUCAACUUAGAGGAGAAAACUCGGGAGGAUGACCUAAAGACAUCUUCCUUGUUUUCUGCUUCACUCCGCUUCCCCAGGAGAGCUGGUGGGAAGAGGAAAACAGAGGAGGAAAAAGACACCGAGGGAUCGGCAAGCAGGUUGAAGCCUCCGCCCCCAUCUUGUGCUUCCAUAUCGUGGGUAUCCUCGGAUCACUGCUCCCAUCAGCUCUUCCUCCCUUCUCCUGUGGCACGCCAAAGCAGACAGAUGUCUUUGUCCAGAAACAAAGUGGCACAAAUGAGGGAGAAGCGAUUUACGUUUGUUCUGGCAGUGGUGAUGGGAGUAUUUGUCCUCUGCUGGUUUCCCUUUUUCUUUACUUACAGUCUCCAAGCGCUGUGCAACGAGAAAUGCAUGAUUCCUGAUGCACUUUUUAACCUCUUUUUCUGGAUCGGCUACUGCAACAGUUGCCUGAACCCGAUUAUUUAUACCAUUUUUAAUCGAGACUUCAGGAGGGCCUUUAAGAAGAUUAUCUUCCAGACUCGUAAACGAACAUAAACUGUGACUGAAUGUGCUCAAACACAAAUGUGUGCACAGUUUUAAUCCACAUUUUCCACUGCCCUGUAACAUCAACAUUAAAGGGCCUGUCUCUGAGGAUUUCUUGAUUAUCGACCAACUGAAUAACAAUUAAGCAUUUUUGGAAGAGCAACAAGCCAGGACAAGAUGAGUGUAAGAUAUUUGAAGGAUGGGGUCUCAAAUUAAGUUCCCUUACUGCACAACAGUUCACAUAAACUACGUACCAGUUUGAAUGUUAAUUGGGGGGAAAUGACUGCAGGGUGGUCUUCCCCCGGUAUGCUAUUUGCUCUCUUCCUAAUAUUGACAGUAAAAAGGGAUUCUGAGGGAGAGUUGAUCAUAAUCCGUUCCAUUUUAGGGUCGAUGUCUAAUAUGUUUGUAAGAAUCAAUGCUCAAUUAUUAAUCAAGAAUCAAUUAUGUUAGAGUUAGAAUGACAGUUUUCCAGACCUUUAUUAACAGCGCGAGCAGUGUUUCAAGUAACAUUUGUACAAAUUAAUGGGAUGCACAGGGCUGAAUGAAAGUAUUUGCUUUCUUCUCAAAGUUGUAUUAUUAUUUUUUUUUAUAUAGUUUCCCCACUUAAAUGUUUCAGAACAAACAAAUGUAAGUACCGGACAAAGAUAAGCCAAGGA